AUGGAUUUGCUUUACUUGAACACGCUGCAGAACUUGUCGUUGGUGCCGGGCCGCUUUGUCAGCCAGUGCAUUGACCAGCUCAACGAUUUAUACAACAUAGAACUGAAUGUUUACGUCCAGUUUGGAAAUAGGUCUGUUUUCGAUAAUCUCCUGCCAGCCAGAGAGCAGGUUCUACCAACACUGCUGGUAAGCAAUGCGACGCUGCAGCUCGUACUUAGCGGGAACUAUAGUGAGCGAGCCUUGACUAUAAUAUUUCUGGACGAUGCGCAUGCCCACAGCAUGGUCAGGUACCUUACAUCCUGGCUGUGGCGUGCCCAGCAGCUGCAGGUAUUCAUCGUUUAUCCAGGGGCAACGCCAGGUAAAUUAUUUCAGCUCUUUUCGCACUGCUGGCGUCAGGGCAUGGUGCAUAUUUUGGUGGCUCUGCCGCAUACUCAAGAGCUCCGUAGUUACAUGCCGUAUCCAGAACUUCGACUGCUAGUCAUGCGGGAUACGCUGGAGUACUUUCAUCGCACUCGUGGGUUGCUUUGGGACUUCCAUGGCUUUCCAAUAACUUGUGGCAUCCUGCCCAGCAGCGCACCGCGGGCCUUUCUCUUUAGAGAUCAGCGAAAUCGAACUGUGUAUGCUGGCUAUAUGCUUCGCAUGGUCUUAGACUUUAUUCAACACUAUAAAGGCAGCAUACGAACUCACAUGCUGGACUCCUUGAAAGAAGCUAAUGAAGCACUUAGUACUCGUCUCAUCGACUUCUUGCCAUACCUGUUAGCAGAGACUCCGAACUUCACGAGCAGCGUCGUACUCUGGCACGAGAACAGCUAUCUCAUGGCGCCAUCAGCCAGACUGCUGCCCAGGUAUAUGUACCUGCUGAAGCCCUACACUUGGCACACUUGGAUGACCUGUCUGGGCAUGUUGAGCUACUGCAGCGGGGCGCUGUUUCUGCUUUCUCAAGGUCGGGUAACUUUGAGUGAUGCAUUUUUGCAAAUUCUGCGACUAGUGCUUUUUUUAUCACCUGGUAGAGACCUAGCUGCUCCUCCAAGACCGCGUCGGCUUUUAGUUUACGUUAUAAUGAUAAUAGCUGGCCUCAUACUGACCAAUCUUUACCUGGCGAAGCUCUCCAGCAAUUUGGCGGCGGGCCUCUAUGAAAAGCAGCUGAACAGUUUCGACGACUUGGAGGGAACGGACUACCAGCUGCCCCAAGAGGAAGUCGAGUAUAAGUUUCUACUCAAUCUGCCCGACCUGCAUCCGCAACUGGCCAAACGCCUCGUAGUCACACCGGAGCAACUGGUGGACAGAUAUCGGCUCGAGCUGAACGUCAGCAUGCUGCACAAUGGCUUUGCGGAUAGCAUUGAGUUUGCCUUGUACCAGCAGAAGUUCUUGCGCGUUCCGCUUUUCCACAAGCUACCGCAGAUCAUUUACCAGCAACCCUUCUUCAUGCCCGCGGCUUACGGGCGACCCUACCUAAAGAUCUUCAAUUGGUAUUUGCGGCGAAUGUUCGAAGGCGGAAUCUUGCUGAAAAUGAAAACCGAUGGCUUCAUCAAUGGGAUCCAGAGUGGACGUUUACGAUUUGUGAACCAUGCCAAAUACCAGGAGGUGAAUUCCAAUGAUCUAGAGUACUACUACGCGGCAGCUGCUCUCUGGUUGAUUGGUAUAUUACUGGCCUCUUUGUGCUUUAUCGUUGAGAGGUGGAGAAGUUAUCUUCAGGGUAACACGUAA